CUGGCAACCCUAACCGUGGCUCGUGAGUGAUCAGGGUGAGUUUGGAGCGGUGGAGGAGGAAGGAGAAGAGAGAGAGACUCGUACUGGAGCAUGGACGAGCUGAAGCACCAGGUGAUGAUAAACCAGUUCGUGCUGAUAGCGGGCUGUGCUGCGGACCAGGCCCGGCAGCUCCUCCAGGCGGCUCAGUGGCAGUUCGAGACUGCCCUCAGCUCAUUUUUCCAGGAAGCUAAUGUUCCCUACAGCCAUCAGAUGAUGUGCACACCUGCUAACACCCCAGCAACGCCCCCAAACUUCCCAGACGCCCUGGCCAUGUUCUCCCACCUCCGAGCCUCAGAGAGCAUCGGCGCCAGCCCCAUCGCCUCCAUGGCCGCGUCUCCUCCUCCCUACAUGAACUGGGCCCCGGGCCCCACGCCGCCGCCCCCCGGCCAGCAGGGGCUCUGGGCAGCCGGGCAGAUUCCUCCUCACCCCGCAGUCAGCCAGCAGGCAAGCCCUGAGCAGCCCAUGGAGGCCGAACGAUGAGAACAAGCCCCUCCUGGCGCUCAGACGAAAUCAGAUGAGGAACGGCGCCAUGGAGAGAAACGUAACUAAAGUGGAUAAAGCACUGAAAGACUGAGAAAAACACGUGUUCACGUGACAGAAGAGUAACGAAGACUAAGCAUGUGUUCAUGGAACAGAACACAAUGUCACUGGGUUGUUAUUAUUAUUAAUAUUUUUUUUUUUCCUUUUUCUUUUUCUUUUAAUCCAGUCAUCUCCUGGAUGAAAUACUUAGACAUCACCUCAAAGUGACCGAGUGUGCCUGGGUUUAUUAGUUUAAUUUCUCAUCGCUCAGAGACGAGCUUUAGUCAGCAAACAUUUAGUCUUUUAUUUUGUAUUUUCCCCCCUGCAGUGUUUGCACUGAAACUUGUAUAAUUUUAAUGUACUAUUUGCUUUAUAAUUGAAAA